CGAUGCACUAUCCAUGACUGCUUCCCACGACAAGCAGCAAGCUCUCAAAGAUGAGAUAGCUGAUCUUGAAAGGCGCCUACAUCAUGCAAAGAGUCAAUUGAAUGCACCUUUGGAGGCGGCACCGGCGCCCACCAACGAUGCUGCUCUCCAUACCCUUCUCUUACUAGCAGACUCUGCCUUGCCAUUAGGCUCGUUCGCCUUCAGCAGUGGUCUCGAAUCCUACCUGGCGCAUCACCGCCCUUCUGCGCCCUCGGUCUCCCAGUUCUCACUCUUCCAAACAUUUCUCCGCCUAUCCCUUGCGACGCUCGCAAGCACCGCUCUACCCUACGUCCUCACCGCAUAUCGCAAGCCGUCGGAAAUCGAGACACUCGAUAACGACUUUGAUGCUAGCACGCCUUGCACUGUCGCGCGUCGCGCCAGCGUUGCUCAAGGCCGUGCACUGCUCUCCGUCUGGGAUCGCAGCUUCAAGGCGCAAUACACCAACGAGGAUGCCGAUGCGGACAUCAAAGCGGCUAUAGACGCGGUCGUGAAUUUCCAGGCUCUCCUCCGCACGCCCACCUCCAAGCUCGAAUUCCCGCCCAACGCGCACCUAGCUCCGCUAUGGGGUUUGCUUACGCGGGUUCUCGGAUUACCGUUGCAUGAUGCGGCAUACGUGUUCCUCUUUUCGCAUGCGCGGACAGUGGUGAGUGCUGGAGUAAGAGCUAGUGUAAUGGGACCUUAUCAGGCGCAGACAGUACUGGCUGGGAAAGACCUGCAGGAACGGAUACGAGCGUUGGUCCGGGAGCUAUGGGAUACAAAGGUGGAGGAUGCUGGACAAAACGUACCGGUCAUGGACCUUUGGGUCGGUAGACACGAGAAGCUUUACAGCCGGAUCUUCAACUCGUGAGCGAAGAGAAGGGUAAAAGAGGCAUACGUCAGACAUCGACCUAGCCUGUAUACUUUUGUUUCCUGGGGAUUGGGGAAAAAACGUAAGCCGAACAUAACUUUGGCUUCCGGGCUUGGCUUCUUCAAACUUAGUGCUUAUUACAGUCUAGUUUCCCAUGCGAAAUGGCGACUAAACAGCAACUAAAGGUUAUACGUCGUCAUGGGAUAGUGUCUACAAUACCUCCAUCGGUAAG